AUGCUCGUGCGGCUCGUCUUGGGACUCUUCGUCCUCAAAGCGGUGGUGGCCAAACCCAGAUUUUCCCGACAAGCGGACUUGGACUCAUACGACAGUGCCAACUAUGAUGUGGAUCUAGAUAACUUAAAUUUGGAGAACCAGGAUAUCUAUGACUAUGAAGAGGGGCUGACAAUUGACGAUCCUCAGAUAGAGAUUGGAACACUGGCCCCACCCGACUAUAACUACCCUGUACCUGAGGCCUCAAUGGAAGAACAAGAACAAGAAGAAGAGGAGGAGGAGGAAGAGGCUGAGGAGGUGGAGGUGGAGGUGGACCAGGAAGAGGAAGUGCCAUUGACACCCCAGCUGGUCCCUCAGGGAUCAGGGGGGUCUGGGGUUCUUAUGGGCCCAGACACACAAAAAGAGGUGGAGCUGCGUCUGACGCCCAUUGACAUCCUGCAUGUCUCCGGUGAUUUUGGGGGCUCCGUAGGGUCUGGAACUUCAGGAGCUUCUGGGGUUUCUGGGUCUGGAGGCUCUGGGGACCCUCUGGUCUCUGGUGCCUCUGGGGGCUCUGGUGAUAUUGUACUAAUGUCAGGAGCCUCAGAGGAACUCCUCAGCUCAGGGGGAUCCGGGGAAUUCUUGGUAGGUGGGGAUGUGUUGAUAUCUGGAGAUCUCUCAGGCGCCUCUGGAGACCUUGGCUCUGGAGGGGUUCCUAUUGAACUCCCCCUGGGCUCUGGAGGGUCUGGAGACCUGUCUGGUUCUGGGUUUUCUGGAGACCUCUCGAUCUCAGGGGCCUCUGGAAGCUCUGGGGUAUCUGGGUCUGGUGAGUCCGGGGACUCAGGGAUAACAUUUAUAUCUGGAGAGGAGGAGCUGCCCCUCAUUCCCGGCAUCCCCAGCGAGGCAUCCGGUGCUUCCGGGGAGUUCUCGGGGGCAUCAGGAACCUCAGGGGCCUCUGGGGAUUUCUCUGGAGAUGUCUCUGGGGCUUCUGGUGUCUCUGGCUCUGGAGACGCAGAGGUCCCUGAUGUAACCCUGAUCCCUGACAUUGAUAAAGAGGAGGGGCUGCUUCCGACCACACCAGAAACCCCUCAGGAGGGUGCUGGUGGUGAGGAAGGGUCAGUGAGCUCUGGAAUGCCAGACACUGGUGAGCCUGAAGAGCCAGAGAUUGACAGGACAGGUAUGCCCACUUGCUUGCUGUGCACGUGCCUUGGCGGUUCGGUCUACUGUGAUGACUUGAAGCUGGAUAGUGUACCACCUCUUCCCAAAGACACCACUCACUUCUAUGCUCGCUACAACAGAAUCACCAAGAUCAACAAGUCUGACUUUGCCUCCAUGAACAAGCUGAAGAGAAUCGACUUGACCGCCAAUGAGAUAAAGUCCGUUGAUGACGGAGCAUUCCUGGGUCUGCCUGAGCUGGAGGAGCUGGUGAUUCGAGAAAAUCAUAUCUCACAGCUGCCUUCCCUCCCAGAGACCAUGACCCUGAUAGAUGCCAGCCAUAACAACAUUGGCACCAAGGGAAUCCACAAAGAGGCCUUCAAAGAUAUGACCAGCCUGCUGUACCUGUACCUAACAGACAACAACAUCGACUACAUCCCUGUGCCUCUACCAGACAGCCUGCGAUCUCUACACCUACAGCGUAAUAAUAUUCAGAUGAUGCACGAGGACACAUUCUGCAACCUGCAAGACUUCAACUACAUCAGAAACGCACUGGAGGACAUCCGUCUGGACGGCAACCCCAUCAACCUCAGCAGGACCCCGCAGGCUUACGUCUGCCUGCCUCGCAUACCCAUCGGGGAUCUCAUCUAA